GUCUAAUUUUAAAAAGAAAAGGAGAAAAACCUGAAUUUUUUCUUUCUACAAGAUCUCACAAUCAAUCUUAAGUAAUAACCUUCUUAUCCGAACAUUGAAUUAUCCCUUUCUUUACCUCGAAACUUUCUCUUGCAUUGAAAACACUAUACAAUUCGUGAUGUCAAAUCCUCAAUAACCCUUAUCAUGUUGUCCAUCCUGCCACUCUUUUCACUCAUUUGAUAAUAAUACAUUUUGUUUGUUCUAAUUUCCUUCUCUCUAUUUGAGAUUGAAACGUAAUAAUCGUUAUCUUUGUGUCGUAGCUAAAUUUCUCCUGUUAUUGUGUAAUUUUCUCACCUUCAUUUCUUUUCAUUUUUGUUUGUUCUAAUUUCCCUCUCUCUGUUUGAGAUUGAGGCGUAUUAAGUAUUGUCAUUAUCACUAAAUCUCUCCCAUUAUUGUGUUGUUCCUUCACCUUAAUUUCUUUUCAUUUUUUGUCCCCAAAAUAAAAUGGGGAAUUGUUGCUCUAGAGGAGAAGAACAACCUAAUGUAGUUACCAACAAUAAUGAAAAUGGUGAACAAAUCAACAACACCAAAAAUGAAGAAAAUAAUUCAUCUAUUCAUAAUGUUGACAUGCCACAAGGAUCCACAACACCAACAAAAACAAGCCCUCCUCAUACAUCCCCUAGCCCUUCAUCAAAACCUUCAAAACAAGCACCAAUAGGGCCAGUAUUAGGUAGACCAAUGGAAGAUGUUAGGGCAACAUUUACCAUAGGAAAAGAACUUGGUAGGGGCCAAUUUGGUGUAACACAUUUGUGUACGCACAAGCAAUCAGGGGAUCAAUUUGCAUGUAAAACAAUAGCUAAGAGAAAAUUAGUGAACAAAGAAGACAUUGAAGAUGUUAGAAGGGAAGUACAAAUAAUGCACCACUUAACAGGACAAGAAAAUAUUGUGGAACUCAAAGGGGCUUAUGAGGACAAACAUUCUGUACAUUUGAUCAUGGAAUUGUGUGCUGGAGGUGAACUUUUCGAUAGAAUUAUCACGAAAGGACAUUACACAGAACGUGCAGCAGCUUCAUUGUUAAGAACAAUUGUGGAAAUUGUUCAUACUUGUCAUUCAAUGGGAGUUAUUCAUAGAGAUCUUAAGCCUGAGAAUUUUUUGCUUCUUAAUAAGGAUGAAAAUGCACCUCUUAAGGCCACGGAUUUUGGCCUUUCCGUGUUCUACAAACAAGGAGAUAUAUUUAAGGACAUUGUGGGUAGUGCAUAUUACAUUGCACCUGAAGUGUUGAAAAGAAGAUAUGGACCAGAAGUUGAUAUAUGGAGUAUUGGUGUUAUGUUAUAUAUUCUUCUAUGUGGAGUGCCUCCUUUCUGGGCAGAAAAUGAAAAUGGAAUUUUCAGUGCAAUAUUGCGUGGACAUGUUGAUUUUUCAAGUGAUCCAUGGCCUUCAAUUUCCAAUGGAGCAAAGGACCUUGUCAGAAAAAUGUUGACCGUUGAUCCCAGACAGAGGUUAACCGCUAUGCAAGUACUGAAUCAUUCAUGGAUAAAGGAGGAUGGAGAAGCACCAGACACACCUCUUGACAAUGUUGUAUUACAUAGGCUCAAACAAUUCAGAGCUAUGAACAAAUUCAAGAAAGUAGCUCUUCGGAUUAUUGCAGGAUGUCUCUCGGAAGAAGAAAUCAUGGGAUUGAAGCAAAUGUUCAAAAAUAUGGAUACUGAUAAUAGUGGAACAAUAACACUUGAAGAGUUAAAGCAAGGAUUGGCCAAACAAGGGACAAAAUUAUCUGAUUAUGAGAUUAAGCAAUUAAUGGAAGCUGCUGAUGCUGAUGGAAAUGGAACCAUAGACUAUGAAGAGUUUAUCACAGCAACAAUGCAUAUGAACAAAAUGGAUAGAGAAGAACAUCUUUAUACUGCAUUUCAAUAUUUUGAUAAGGAUCAUAGUGGAUAUAUAUCAAGAGAAGAGUUAGAGCAAGCCCUUCGAGAAUUUGGUAUGGAUGACGAAAAUGAUUUGAAGGAAAUCAUUAAUGAAGUCGACACUGAUCAUGAUGGUCGAAUCAACUAUGAUGAGUUUGUAGCAAUGAUGAAGAAAGGAAACCCAGAGGCAGCAACAAUAAACCCAAGAAAAAGAAGGGAUUCAUUUGUAGCAUAACAUAAUUUCAUCAUCAAUGGAAAAAAUGUAUGCGAAAAAUCAAAAGACAAUGAUGUCUUUAUUGUAAGGAAAGACCAAAUUGUUAGUACAUAGCAAAGUUUCAAGAAUCAUUCAUGAGAUCUACAAAGUAAAACUCUUCUUUGUAUAUAAAUGUACGAUGUUAAGAUGAAGGGGAAAAAACACACAUACACAUUGUCAAAGAAGGAAAAGAGUGUACUCUCUGGGUUUAAUUUUUUUUUUAAUUCGUUUUAAAAAAAAUGACUCCUUUCUCCUUUUAGCAAGUCUUUAAUUUCAACUUUUAUACAUUUGACAUAU